UUACAAGUAAAGACACACGUCCCAUUUUUCAGUUCCACCUCCUUCCAUUAACUAAGUCGGGUGACAACACGCGCAUGUAGGUAUACUUAGCGAAAUGAUUAUCAUCACCGACACUUCCAGUUGCGGUCUGGCUACCAGAAGGGUAUUACUAGCUCGCGAUAAGAAAUACGUUGUGCACAAGAACUUAAAACUAACUCGCACACUAAAAUUUAUACAUAGUUUCUAUCAAAAUGCAGUGUUACAAUGUUCACUCGUAUCAGUUCUAAAUUCUAAAAGAAAAUAUGUGUGUAAAAUUUCUUUAAUUGCAAGUGAUAUCUGAAUGCGUGAAAGAUAAAACUCUUGCAUAUAGUGAGAAGUAGUGCGUGUUCAUAAAUAUAGAAUUAUUUUAAUCGUUGCAUGCCGAAGUGGAGCUUACGAAAGUAUUAACAUUUUUUUGUAUUUGAAUAAUCUGUUAACUACACGUUCAUCUAUCAUAACACAUAUUUAUAACGAAUCUACAUUUAUACAUAAUACUUAAUAUAUUUAUGAAUUAAUUUUAAACUUAUGUCAUAUUUCUUCAGAUACGAUAAAGUCCGAAUUUUGCGGAAUAAUGCGGAAAAAAUAAAGACAAACAUUAUAUAAUUAGAUAUAACUAGUGACGUAUAUGGAGAAGGUUAUCAUUUAUCAACGCAUCCUGCAGUCAAUUCCAAGGUUACUUACUCAUCUGUAUACUCAGUUGCAGCUAUAAUAUCUAAGAGCACUUCCAAUAUUCUUGUCGCUAUAACCACAAAUUUAUAUCAAACGAAUAAAGUUUCGCGCUUCAUAAAUCUUACGAUGUGCAAAAAUAUUGCGUAAUAACUGUCAUUUAUAGAGAAACUGGUUGACAAUGCUUGCCACCAAACUACGACAAACUUCUUCGAAAAUAUAAAAAUCUUGAGUCCACGCUGAGUGGAAGAUCCACGUUGUGAGAAUAAAACUAGAACUUUAAAACUCUCGGUAAAUCAAUAUAAAGACAUAGCAUCCAGAUAUAACCUGGUUUGCUGUUAUAAAUACAAAUAAAUACAGAAGCAUAUUAAUGAUGAAUGGCACUUGGUAUGCCAUUGCGAGCCGUUUCUACGUUACGGGAGUUGAACGUAUGGGAAACACGACGACAAAGGUAGCCGUAACUGGAGAUUGAUCGAAUGCGUUUUACGACACGUGGUCACUCGCAGCGCGGCAAAGUUCGCCGGUGUGAACAGUGCGAUGCGGGAAACUUGAGAAUCGGACACGGCCGUGGAAGCAACGUACGUGGAGAACACGCGUUUACAGCGAUCAUGAGCUACAACGUUACGCCGCUGAAGAAGCACGCGGAAAUCACUUACCGCGUGAAAUGCGUCGCGGUGGAGAACGAACGGGUGUUCGGUGAUAUCUACGUCAGCCAGCAGACGCGGAAUCUCGCUUAUCGGCCGGAGAGUACUCCUUUUCCACCAGGAUGCAGGAGGCAAAGGCGCAACCUGAUACAGCAGACUCUGAACGGACCAGAUUUUAUGGAACUGAACAAACGAUCACCUGGAAGUGCGGGUGUCGCGAGCUCGCGCUGGCAAAAGCGCUCCAAGUCAAUGGGAGAUGAGCCGAGUGUGAUCGCGUUUAAUUAUAAGAAUGCCAAGAAUCGUAACGUGGCUACCAAGAAGCCUAAGGUAUAUCCGCCACCCCUGUGCUAUUCGCCGAAAGAAAUCGUGAUUACCUCACUGGUGGAUCAACUGUUGCUAGAUAUUUACGGCAUACCGAUGGGUGACAGGAGACGUUCAGAAAGUGAUUCUACGGCAUCGUCCUUGAAAACGCGGCCACGACAUCAAUAUCUGCAGAAAACUCGUUUGCUUUUGAAAAGAAAGGAUGAACUGCAGAUCCUACUUAUGACUCUACACGACCACAUCAUUCACACAGGGGGUCUGCUUAUCCGCCAGCUGCGUCGAAAGGAUUAUCUUACUGCCAAAUGUGAUAAACAGUGCGAUAUUAUCACGGCCUACCUACAAGCACACAGCGCGAAGAGAAUGGAAGAUACAAAAAUGAGGUUCAGUUUGACUCCGCAACCGGGGGAAAGUGGUUUCAUACAAUGGCUAGACGCGAUGAAAAUGGUUGCCAAGUUACAAGGAGGUAUACCACCGGAAUUUCGAAAAAGAUUGUGGCUGACAUUGGCGGAACGUCAUCUAGAACAACGCGGCGUUGACUGGAAACAGGCUGAGAAGGUCUGUUUCAACGAGUGGAGUAAUCCUGACGACGAAGAACUCGGCAUACAAAUCGUGAAAGACUUGCACAGAACAGGCUGCAGCCUGUUCUGCGGUGCUGCUGGCCGGGACAAUCAAGCGGUACUUCGUCGAGUAUUACUCGGCUUCGCCCGCUGGAACAAGUCCGUGGGCUACUGCCAGGGCCUGAAUGUUCUGGCCGCUCUCGUCUUGCAAGUAAUGGACCGCGCGGAAUCUUCGGCUGUGAAAGUGAUGAUAUAUUUAAUAGAGGGUGUUUUACCGGAGGGCUAUUUCGCCGAUAAUCUGCGAGGUCUCUCUGUGGACAUGGCGGUGUUUCGGGAUCUUUUGCGCUCGAGACUACCGAAAUUGUCCAAACACCUCGAGGCACUGCAGAGCGAUGCGAAAGAUAAAGCAACGGGAAGCAGCUACGAACCACCGCUCACGAAUGUGUUCACCAUGCAAUGGUUCCUUACACUUUUCUGCCACUGCUUACCGCAGGAAGCAGUACUUCGUGUCUGGGAUCUGAUAUUUCUCGAAGGUGAUGAAGUACUCCUUAGAACGGCACUCGCUAUCUGGGAAGGUCUCUCAGAUCGCAUAAUGACCGUAACAUCGGCGGACGAGUUCUACAGUAUAAUGGGAGUCCUCACGAGGGAAAUGCUAGAAUUCACCGAUACGAACAAUCUCAUAAAGAACAUUGUUAGCAUGGGACCCUUGCAUGGUGUGACAAGUUUGAGAGAAAAGCAUCGAUAUAACAUCACCCCGUGGGCGCGCAAGCUGAGUGACGACGAUGACAGCGAAACAGAAGAGGAUGAGAGACUGGCUGUAGCGGCUGCUAUGUUCAGCAUGGCUCAACGUAUAAAGAAAGAUCGUAUACCUUCGACAAUAGGAGCAUUACAAGCGAUGGCACCCAGUAGCGAUCGAGAACGCCUUGCUUUAGAUAUUAGUACGCUGAAGCAACAAUAUGCAAAAUUACGGGAACGGCAGCGGCAAGCGCACAUAAUACUUUCUGGUUACCAUGUACGUUGGAAUCAUCACGAAAAUUGGGUUGCACGGUCCUCGUGUACCUUUACGAUCAAAAAACCCGCGUGCGCGCGACAGACCAUGGUACCUACGCCCACUUCCACAGCUAUGAAUCAUCUGUUAAUGGGUAAAAAUGCCCUCGUAAGUGGAAAGAAUCGACCAUUGAGUUUGCCGUCUGCCACUGCCACAUCGAAAUUACGGCCGGCAGCCCUUCACAGCCCAAAAAGUCGCAGAGACAGACAAGGUGUCACGCUUCAUUGGAAAGACGCAAAAAGGCCGAAGCAAAGAGCCGGCGAUGCUGGUGAUGCCGACGCCUUUGGUACGGCAUUUUUGCAGUCGCCUCCAGAAACGUCUUCUGUAACGUCACCCAGCCGAGGCGCCGCCGACAGUGACAGUGAUAGCACCUCGACGGAGCUGUGCGACGAGCCGGAUCGUCUGAGCGACGUCGAUAGCGAGGAACUUACGUCAGCGUCCGACUCUUACGUCAUGGCGACGGACGAUGAAAAGCACGCUUACGAGGGUUCGUCGACCUCGGCGAGUACACCUGCGCGCUCGUAUAUUAAGAGUGAACCGACAAAGAUGAUCGAGGGACCGCAGACGGAUACAAUUUUGAAAAUCGAAUAUGACGAUAAGUCUCCGUCCUUGUCCGAAAUCUCGAUCGCCAAGAUCACCGAUCAAAUACGGAGGCUCUCGGCAGAAGAUGACAAUAAUACGACAGUCCCUCAGAUACCGAGCGCGCACGACGCCGACAAGCUGUCGAUAGGCGAUUAUCCAGUCGAGAGAUCGCAGACGAAGGAAAUGGAAUCGAAGUCGCGGGAUUAUACGUCGAGCGAAGACGCGCCAAGAUCGUCGAAGAUUGCGAACAACUACGAUUAUUUAAGUCUUAAAUCUAAUCUCGAGAGAACGGACGAUGUUCUGCUACAUAGAACGGAUCGACUGAAAGAUAUGGAAGAGAAAAACGAAAUCAUUCGGGCUAGCGGUAAAGAUAGUACAGGCCUUAAGACGGAUAUAAUGGAAACUACUACGAAUAUACUACGGGAUAGUUCCAGAGAACCGACAAGUAUCUCAUUAGAUAAGAAUUACGAUAAAUUUAUCACGCAUUUAGACACGACUGACAAGCCCUUUGAAUCCUCCUCAAGAUAUUCCAGCAAAGUUUAUUUGGAUUCAAAAAGCGACGAUGAUUCGAAUGACGCGGAUUUUGUGAGUAGCAGAGCUCUGGACGCCGCGGCAGAAUCGCGGCCUUUUUAUUCCAAGAGAUACGUUGUAGGUCAUCUUCCGAUUUCCCCGGUAACCAUGGAUGACAAGUUGACGAAAUUGUCGCACGAAAUAUACAAUGUCGCGAUAAAUCCGGAGAAUCUGACCAGUUCUGAAGGUGAUUUAAAGGAAGACGCUUUCAGCGAUAAACAGUCCAUGCCGGUACAAACGAAAUCGUAUUCUAGUUUCAAGAAAAGCCCGAAAUCUCCGGAAAGCACCAAGUCGUUCAGUUCUGGAGAGACGAUGGGUCCCGACUCGAAACCUUCUAGUCUGACAGUGAGUCCGAGAACGCCAGUCAGAUCGGACUCUCGUGACUUCACAAUAGACAAAUCGGCUUGCUCAUCCAUUAGCUCGGAUUCUAAAACUCUCGUUCUCCAUUCUGUAGGUUCGGAUACCGCUCUGGACGAUUCGAUGCCGGUUUCGAAGAAAAUAUCGUGCCCGUCAACUCCGAUCAGCACGGACUCUUUAAGGAUUAAGUCUGAUACGAGCCCGAAAUUGAUAAUUAGCAGUUCCAGUGAUUCGUGCAGCCCGUGCAAAGCUAAGUCUUCCGAAAAAUCAUUCAGUUCCGAUCUGCAAUCGCCUGUAAGUGCCAACUCCAUAAGAUAUACUUCAAACUACGGUAAACGAGACCAAGACAACGUGUCGGAUUCGCCGAUCGACUUGAGCACCGCAACCUCGCCAUUUUAUCCUAUCGCGAAUCCUAAUCAGAAGACACCUUCGCCGUACGGUGUAGGCAAGCGAAGAUGCAGUAUAGACAGCACCGAAACCUCGCCCGAUCCGAAAUCGAUCAGUUCGAAGGACUCGACCAAGUUCUCGGGAUAUCAAACGAAACUGGAUCCCUCAACAAAGUCAAUCGAGAGUAAGGAAAACGAGGGAAUCUCCGAGAGAAGUGAUUUGUAUGUUAGACCGCAAUUCGCGUUGAAUACAGAACUGAAGACGAGUUACACACAGAAGAGCAAAGCUGAUUUGAACUCUUACGAAUCGAUCGGUGACGAGUCCUAUCGGAAGAGCGGAGAUUUCGCUGAUGACAAUGCGGACGAUCCGCUCUCUGAAAAGGAUGUGGUGCCUCAAUUGCCGCACGAGAAGCUCGACAAGCACUAUCUGAACUACAAUUACAGACGUAGAGACCGAUCGAGAUUGACUGAAAGAAGCUCUAGCAGUCUGGAAAAAAGAUGUACCGAUUUUAAAUCCUCGGUUUCGACAGAUGAAUUCAGUACGACCAUAGCGAAGAAGAGAUGCAGCGAUAUUCUCGAGGAUAUGAAGCAUUUGGAGGCGAAAGCUCUCAGCGAUGGAUCGCCCGAAACCAAUAUGUUGACGAAAAAAUCGAGCGAUAUCUGGGAGGACAUGAAAAACCUGGAAGCAAGACGACAGGAUACUUUUAGCAAUUCGGCGAGUGGCUUCUCAAAGAGGCGAUUAGAAAUCCCAGACAUAAACGUAAUACGUGAGAGUAGGAAAUCUUAUGUAGUGUAUCCUAAAAUCAACAUCGAUGAGAACAGCGACAGUAUAUUGAAGAGCAUAGCUUGCAACCAAAGUAACAGCGAUACAGACGACGGUAGAGAAUCGAAGGUAGGUGUGUGGACGAAGGUAAAACCGCGAAAGAAAAGCGACAACGGACGCAGAAACAGCGACCGGGCGUUAAAAAUUAUUCAAGAAAAUUCGGCUAUAUUGCACAAGAUUCUAGCUUGCCAAGCGAAGAAACGUUUACCGGAUCUGGAAGAAAUAUCCAAGGAGAUCACCAUCAGUCCGAUAAACGAAGAAAUUUCGAAAAUAUUCAGUCCGAUCCUCGAGAAAAUGGGUCUGAACGAGCACGAAAUAAACGAGGAGUUGGCGCGAAUCAAUUUUAAGGACUUCGAUAAUAUGAGUGCUACCAGCGUAUCAGAGUUUGACGCAAAGAUCAACGAAGAAUUAACAAAACUGUCUCUGAUUGACGAUACAGAACAAAUUGAUCAUUUAGACUUAGACGAGAUCAUAUCGAACGAUUACUUGGACACCCGAGAGGCGCUUAUAGAUCAUAAGAUAAACGAGGAACUCUCUAAACUGCUGGCGAAUUAUGACGAGGAUUCGCCACCGAGUAUGAUUAACUUAGAGAAAGGCUCGUCAAGCCAGAACAUAAGCGAGACGGACGGUCUCGAUGUUACCAGCAUUUCGACCAACGUAUUUUCCUACAAAUCCUCCAAUGAUUCCAUUGAGAUCAGAAACGACUUGGAACCAGCGCACGAAGUUGUAAUGCAGCCUGAAAAAUUUCCCUUCGCGACUUUGAAAUACGAGCAGAGCAUGUCGCCCAGGAGCGACAUAGACAUCUAUAAGGAGCUAAAGAAGCUCGACAAAUUCUCGUAUGUACAAGCGCUACCCGACUCGCGUAUAGAAAUACCACCGAAACGAUUGUCCCCCAUUUCGUACAUUGCCAACACUUCCCCUUAUCCGGAAGUGCCCACCGCGACAAGAUACAUGCCGAAGACGAGCCAGUUCGACACUACGUCGUUGAAGAGCACCUACGAAUCUUACAAAAGCUACGACAUCCCGGAUAGGCUAUCGCCACGGGACAGUCCUUACACCGCUUAUGAUAAACCAGGCGAUCUCACAUUCGAGUACACGGAUCCCAAGCCGAAGAUCUCUAUUGAUCCCUACGACCUGCAUUUGAAGAGCCCGAUAUUAUCGAAGGAAUCCUUGGAGUUUCGCGUAAGAUACGACGAGGAGCUGCCAACAAGGCUGACCGGCGCGAUCGAUCAGGAUGGCAGAUCGGCAGUUUCCUUAAACGCGGCAAGUUCUCACUACGGCAAGGAUGACAACGAAGCAGUUACGCCGACGAAAACCAAGUAUAUCAGCAAUGAAGAAAAAUGCCUGGAUAUCGAGGACUAUUGCAGCGACGCGGAUCAUUUACAUUAUAAGUACAAUACUUUAUCACCGAAGGACUAUUCUCACGUCAGAAGUGCAGACUAUGACAAGCCUUUAAGUACGUUAUCGCACGUGAUGGAAUCCGAAACGGAUAUUGGUUCGUAUCUACCGAUGAGGCAUCGCGACUAUAAUGUGCUGUCACCCAAUCGUCAAUUCAGAGAUGAAUACUUCUCUUCUAGUCCAAAUCAUUACACUCCGAGACUCUCCCCAAAUCUGACGGAAGAAAUGAGAGGGCCUGCCGUCUCACAUCCAGAAUCUCCGGGCAAAAUAAGUGUCGACAAGUAUAGCGAUUUGACUAAUACAGGAUCGAACUGUUAUAAGAAAUCGACCCUAAGCCUCGGUAGCAUAGAAAGCGCGAAUAAAGACGACGAAAAUAUUGACACCACUCCGAGUCCGAAGACGCACUUCAGCCCAUUUCCCGUUAGAAAUAAUAUUAGAAAACCCAAGGAACUGACACUGAAAUUGGGUUUGUAUUCCCCGAAGAACUCUGACUUCGGCCAAAUGAAGAAAUCAUAGUGCUCAGUAAAUUGUCAAAGCGACGAAGCUUGUAAUCUACACGGAAGUUCGCACACGAGGUGGUUCACCGUUGCAAAAAGGAAUAUCUAUGUUCGCUAGUCAAUCGUUUCGAUAUAUUCUUAUGCGAAACAAAGCGUACCCGAUGCAUUUCAAAAAUUCCCGGUAUUAUCGAUUUUCCGAAUUUAACAAAGUGGGCCUAAAUUGUCGCCUAAACAUUCUUAAAUCGUUAUGCUCGACACUAUUAAACAAAUUCUAUGAUAUAAGCUUACUUAAUAAUAAACGUGGAUGUAUCUUUAAGGUAAUAAUUAAAUUAAAUUGUGUAAGUUUUUCAAUGCUCGGCCAGAUAAACUAUUCUUUAAAUAGCACGCAAAUUUGUUUUGACAGGGAUACGGACGCUACAGAAAUAACGUAAAAAUAAAUAUACAGGCCGCGUUAUAUCGUAAUCGCGAUAAGCGCGAAAUAAUAUCUCCAUGAACGCAAUUAAAUUUGGGAAUAUUGCUGAAAUAAUACGUCGUGCGUUAUUGACGCGAUUACGAAAUAGCAAAUCCGGGCAAAGCAGAUUAAUGAUAAAUCCAAUCCCCAUAUUCAGCCGCACGUUUCUCGCUUCCUGUCCUUUAUUCCAUCAUUAAAAGAUAAUGUGCACUUCACAGUUAUUCAAAUACUCGCAUUUAUACAGGCACGUCGUUUAAAAAUAAAUAACGUUGGAGGAACAUUGUAGCACUUGAAACGCUCGCAUAUUGCAAUCGCUAAAAUUACAAUGAAAUGCCUUCGAUUCCCUCCAAUUGUGAACCAUGCCAAAAUUUCCUACGAGAUAACUUCCAAACCGAUCGCUAUAUUCAUUGUUAGAUUAAUAUGUGACUAGGAAAAUUUUAUGAAUUAUCCUUCUCGCAUCUUUUUAAUUAUGCCAUACUGCUGGUAUAGUUCAUAUUGCGAGGCAAUCUAUCCGAGACGAACAAUUACCCGUGGUAUGAUAAAAUUCAUUCGAUGAAAAAAAAACUAUGUACAAGACAUGAUGUAAAUUUAUAAAAUGUCUAAAUGCAAUUUAAUUUGUUCGCAUGUUCGUAAAAUGUAAUCAUAUGGACCCGUGUAACUCUAAGCGAAUUAUGCACUACAAAUUAGACGUAAACGAAAAUUGUAUAUAAUUUCAAAUAUUGACUAUAUGUUACAAAUAACUUCAAGGUCCUGCAGAAUCUUUUGAUAUAAAAUAAAAGUAGUAUUUUUAGAUGUUUCUAAGAAGAAAUAUUCAUAAAAUCGCAGUAUUGAGAAUCAGUUUGCUUCAACGGGCUGUAACUUAAGCAUGCGUAGAGAUAAGAACCUGUUACAGUUUAAAAUCCUUGCUCACAAACGGCUACAACUCGAUAUAUAAUGAAGUGAAUCGCGUUAGGAGACUCGCACGGGAUAGUUUUCUGUUUUAUUGCAACGAUUCGGAUUUCUUAUCAAGAUAUAUUAAUUAAUCCGAUUUAUAGCCUACUUGACCAUAAAAAAAGAUACUUCUAAUAACUUAUAAUAUGCAGAGAGAUCAUUGUACGUCAUUCAUUGUUACCGCACAAUUUUCGUAUUAACGCACCAAAAGUCUAACGCAUCUUAUGAUUAGCCUAUUAGAAUAUUUCCCCAAUCAUCUGUGAUAGUAUAGAAAACGAUAACAUGAUCUUAACAUAAAAGAUUACGAUUGAAUUAUUAAUUUAGAUACGCCCUAUUAGUCCUAAUUUUAAGUCUAAUGUUUAAGGUUUACGAAGAAUUUAGUUCUCACAUAUCUUCUCUCAUAGAGAUAACUGCGUUAGAAAAUAAUUUAAUGAUGAAAAUUUCAAUUAAAGUCAUCAAUGACGAUUAUAAGUGUAUAGUAUUUAUUUUCUGAUACGAUAUCACUGAUGUAUUAUCUAACAAACCCACGUAUAUGUUCUUUAAAGUUCUCUUUCCGUUUUAUUCAACCAUAUUUGUCAAUCGCGAUAUAAAAAAUAUGUAUGAAGAUAUUGAUAAAAACAAUUCCCAGCAUGUACUAUACUACAAAGGUUUCUUUUUACGUAACGUUAUGCAUUUUCUCUGGCAAUGUUUUAUUUAAUUUAUUGUUAUAAAUUAUAGAGAGAGAAUAUCUUUUUAAUAUUCAUUAUAUUACAUUGUACCCUUGAACUCGAGUGUAUGACAGAUAUGGUAUUAACUUCGUUUCGAUUAUCACAUCGUACGAUUGGAUCAGGAAAUCCGAAAGUAGUUUCAGAUGCCUGUGAAAUAUAGAAAGUAUUCGCAAAGGUGCUGUAUUCAGAAAGGGCAACGGCACGUUUAAACACAAAGAUAGCUUAAGUAAGGGAAUAGUAUUAAAUGAUAUCGAGUAAAUUAGUGGAUAAAAUCUCAUCGUUAACACACGAUUGUUAACGUUACGAGUCGUCAGCAUCGCGUUCCGCACUUUUCAUCCUGCAUGAAAAUUAGGUUCACUUUGUUAAACAUUUACCUGCGAAUAAAACUGCUCGACAAUAUGUACAUUUAAUUCAGUUAUAAAGUUAUGUAAGCUUCUCGAACUUCUGGUAUCGAUACUUUUCGAUAUUUACUGGAAUAUACGUUGCAAUAUAUAUUAUACAAAUGAAUAGUCUUUUUCUACUGUGUAUGGAUCAAGACACGUGGAGAUCGAUUGGAAUUUGCGACAAGUGAAUACGUAUAGUUUCGAGCAAAGUAUUGCGUAGCACAUUGAUGAAACGCAAAUCCUACAUAAUGUCUGGUGUGUUUAGAACAAACAAAGAAAUAUAUAUAUAUAUAUAUAUUUCAGGAUUAAGGGCGCGUGUGAAAUUGUUACGUAAUAUUUUGAGAAAAUUAUUGUAUAUACGUGACAAUGCGAGUCAUGCCAGAUAUAAGACUGUAUAUUUGAAAUGCAUAAAACGAUAAGUCGUUAUGGAUAAAGAAACUGAAUAAAUAUAUUGAGAAAGUGAAAUUAA